UUGUCUCUGCAGGUCCGUGAUGGCAGUGGCUGUGUGUGCAGCUGGUCUGCAGGCUCUCCUGUCUCUGCUACUGCUGGGUAUGAGCGAGGCAUCCUCCAUAGUGAACAUGCGUAGAGUCACCCACCCUACCGUACGAGAGCCCCUGGCUGGCAUCGCCCACCUCCCGUGUGUCUUCACCCUCCAGCCCAGUGAGCCCAGCCCUUCCAGCCAACCUGCCCACAUCCAGUGGACCCAAACCUGGAUACCGCAGGGUGGCAAGGGGGGUCCCCUGGAGCAGACGGUUCUCUCAGCCAAGGGUGAUAUGGUGAAAGUGAAUAAGGCUUUCGCUGGCCGGGUCAGGUUGCUUGGAUACGCUGCUAACAACCUAAAUGCUACCAUGGAGAUCUCAGGCCUCCGUAGCAACGACACAGGCACCUACCACUGCCAGAUUGUCAUUGUAGACGACUACGAGCGAGACAUAGUGCCCCUUGUGGUCACAGGUGUGGUAUUCCAUUACUGGUCUCCUAGAGACCGUUACGCCCUCUCAUUUGAUGACGCCAAGUGGGCCUGUCAGGAGAACUCCGCCCUCAUCGCCACGCCGACCCAGCUGUGGGCAGCGUUCCAUGACGGCUACGCCAACUGUGCUGCCGGAUGGCUCUCUGACCAGACUGUCCGCUAUCCUAUCCAGUCACCAGAGCUUGGUUGCUAUGGACACCAGGAAUACUCGUCUGGUGUGAGGAAUUAUGGGAAGAGAGACGCUAAUGAGAUGUUUGAUGUCUACUGUUUCGGCAGGGAACUGGAUGGUGAGGUGUUUCAUUCCUGGGUCCCAGGGCGUCUGUCUCUGUCCUCUGCUUCAGAACUCUGCGUCUCCCUGGGGGGACAGUUGGCCACGGUGGGGCAGCUCUACCUGGCCUGGACGACUGGGCUGGACGUCUGUUCUCCAGGCUGGCUCUCUGAUGGCAGCGUCCGCUACCCUAUCACCCAGCCCAGGCAGGGCUGUGGAGGGGAUCAGCCAGGGGUCCGGACCGUUGUACCCAACACCAAUGGAACCACAACCAGCAGCGGAUCAACCAAUGCUACGGACGCCACACUCCUCUAUGACGCAUACUGCUACAGAGGGAAUGUGAAAAAGCCAGGCCCCAUCUCUAAGAUCUACACGUCUUUGUGGAAGCCCUGGAGCCAGCUGACCGGCUCCAGCCACUCAGACACCCGAGGAACAGACAGCCCUGCCCUGGCUGCUGAGACCACCAGCAGCACCCCGACCACCGUCAAAGAGAGCCGUAACCUUUCACCAUCUGAUGACCUCACACCCUCGAACUGGACCGGAUUGGUUGAUCUGGAGGAAGAGGCCCACUCUUCCACAGACCCCUGGUUCUCAGAGUCCUCUGAGGGGUAUGUCACACUGCAGCUGAGCCCAGGAGAGAGCUCUCUAGCCUGGGGAGACCUGGGAGACAUGGACCCUGACUCUGGAGCUUUCCUCAGACCUCCAGCCACACCCAGCCCCAGCCCAAGUUCUACCACUCAGGAAGAGCUUGCACCCUCUACCCCAGCCCCUACUGACAGAAAGGUGAUGGCCAAGAUAGUGAAGUCCAUGUGGAAGCCGUGGAACUACCUGGCAGAAGGUACCCCAGGAACAGGCAGUCCAGAGGGGGAGAAAAGGGGAGCUGCGGUGGGGACUCUGACAGACAGUGUGGCUGUGUCCACCGGCUCUGCUGCUCCAGGUUUAUCCUCAUGGGGUGGUGGGUGGUGGGAUGGCUCAGGACUGGGGGACCUAGAUGAUACACCACCCACUGGUGAGCCAUCAUCCUCCGCUGGUGAGACGUCAUCCUCCACUGGUGAGACAUCAUCCUCCACUGGUGAGCCAUCAUCCUCCACUGGUGAGCCAUCAUCCUCCGUUGGUGAGCCAUCAUCCUCCACUGGUGAGCCGUCAUCCUCCGCUGGUGAGCCAUCAUCCUCCGCUGGUGAGCCGUCAUCCUCCACUGGUGAGCCAUCAUCCUCCGCUGGUGAGCCAUCAUCCUCCGCUGGUGAGCCGUCAUCCUCCGCUGGUGAGCCAUCAUCCUCCGCUGGUGAGCCGUCAUCCUCCACUGGUGAGCCAUCAUCCUUCGCUGGUGAGCCGUCAUCCUCCGCUGGUGAGCCGUCAUCCUCCACUGGUGAGCCAAUAUCCUCCGCUGGUGAGCCAUCAUACUCCACUGGUGAGCCAUCAUCCUCCUCUGGUGAGCCAUCUGCCUCCCCAGCCCUGAACACCUCUACCCCGGCCUUAGAGAGCCAGUCCUCUGCCUCCACCUCCACCCCUGGAGGGUGGGAGGUUGUCCCAGACAACACUCAGCCCAAAGGGGGAACGUGGGUCCAAGUGACCCCAUCAAUGGUUGUGACCUCGCCCCAGCCAGUUGAUAGGAGAAUGGAAGAGGUUACCACUAGGACCACUAGAGCAGAUAGCAUGGCCACUGCUGGGAGUGGGAGAGCGAUGGUGAAAGAGGAGGAAGGGAGUGCUGAGGGGGACUCCGACGAGGCCAGAGGGGAGAUCCAGUUUACUGGUAGCCCCUUUGGAACCACCAAACCCAAACUCAGAGUCCCUCCAUCCAACGACAGAACCACGAGGAAGAACCAGUCAGGAGCCAGUGGCAGCACAACCCAACCCCCAGUCAGCAGCUACACAGCUGUGUCAGACAGCAGAGACUCUUCCCCUCCAUCCAGACCAGGUGCUGGACCUCCAGCCCCUCCACCCUCAGCCUCAGUCAGCCAGGGCAGCUCCGGUGUCCCAGCGGAGAGAGCUGGAGAGAGGGGAGGCGAGGGGAUGGAGAGGGGGCCCCUGGAGGUGCCCUCCGGACCACCAGUGGAGGAUGAUACAGCCUUGUCUCACUCAUCACUCGGCUCUGGAUUGUCUAGCAACGUGGACGAGGAGGGUGGCAGAGGUGCCGGAUUCAACCGAAGCAACGGAACUCUGGGCUCAGCUGGUGAGGGGGAGCCCUGUGUGACCAACCCAUGUGUACAUGAAGGGAAGUGUCUACCUCAGGGCAAGGGCUACAGCUGCUAUUGCCCACAGGGCUUCACAGGGGAGAACUGUGAGAUCGACGUGGACGACUGCCAGUCCAACCCGUGUCUAAACGGAGGCACCUGCAUUGACAAGAUCGACUCAUUCAUCUGCCUCUGUCUGCCCAGCUACGCAGGAGACGCCUGUGAGAAGGACGUUGAGGGAUGUGAGCAUGGAUGGAGGAAGUUCCAUGGCCACUGCUACAGGUACUUCUCUCACAGACACACCUGGGAGGAUGCAGAGAAGGACUGCAGAGAGCAGAGCGCCCACCUCAGCAGUGUCACCUCGGUCACCGAGCAGGAGUUCAUCAACGGGCUGGGCCAUGAUAACGCCUGGAUCGGCCUGAAUGAUCGCACAGUGGAGGAGGACUUCCAGUGGACUGAUGCCAAUGAACUGGUGUAUGAGAACUGGAGGGAGAACCAGCCGGAUAACUUCUUUGCGGGAGGAGAGGACUGUGUGGUGACCAUCGCCCAUGAGGACGGCAAGUGGAACGACGUGCCCUGCAACUAUAACCUGCCCUACAUCUGCAAGAAAGGCACAGUGCUUUGUGGAACCCCGCCCUCCGUGGAGAAUGCCCAUCUGAUUGGCCGUCGGCGGUCCCACUAUGACAUCCAUGCAGUGGUGCGUUACCAGUGUGCCGAAGGUUUCUACCAGCGCCACAUCCCCACCGCGCGUUGCCGGGCCGACGGCACCUGGGACCGGCCCAAGAUCAUCUGCACAAAGUCUCGGCGAUCCCACCGGUACCGCCGCAACCACCGCCACGGCCAGCGCCGGGAGCGCAGGAACCACAGGAGAUACGGAGGAGAGGCACACAUGGAGAGGGGAGAGGACGCACACAGCCAAUAAUGAACCAAAUACUACACCUCCCACAAUGCCCUGCGCCUGACCCCUGACCCCUGACCUAUCCUGGGGCUGAGUGGAUCAACCAGUCAGGCCUCACAAUGGACAAUAGUUGACAUCUGAACGUUCUCUUUUCCUGACCUAUUUCAGUCUGUCUCUUUAGGUUGAAAUCUCACUUGAGAUACUGUAUGCGUGCAAAACUUUAACUUUCAUGCAAAUUACCUAUUGACGUCAGUGCAAAAAAAGUUCAGUGUUUCGCACCCAUAUCUCAUGUUUGGAUUUGUCGCUUUGUUGUUGAUUUUGUCUACCCCAUGUCCGUUACUUACAACAGUAAUAAUCUUUCUCUCGCUAACACGGUUGCUAAUACUGUAUCUUAGAAACAGCAAAUCCUUGACAUAUCUAUGAAUAACCUAUUCUCACAUAAACAUAAAGACAGUGGCAUAUGUGUGUGUGCGUGUGUGUGCGUCUGUUCGUGCGUGUGAAUGUAUGUGUGUGAGAGAGAGUGUGCAUCCUAUGCGAGUGUGUUUUGAUACGUUUGAAGCUUGUUCUACAUCUCAGAACAUCCUAAUGUUUGUGUUCUGCUUAUAAAGCACAGAUGUAAUGAAUGAGUUAGUUAGCUAGUUAGCUUUCAGUCCCAAAUAACCCAGAGCUUUUGUCUGUAUCCUGUACUUGUUACGUUUCCUUAGGGCUCCUGAAUAGCAGGACUAUUUUAUUAUUCAACUUACGUGCCAUUUUCUAAUAUUUGCUAACUUUUUAUGUCACGUCACUAUUUAUUAUGGACUCUUCGCUAGUUAAUAUAUGUUGAAUUUUUACAUAAUCCAACAAGGCAAUGUAAUACAUUUUUUCUUUUAUGUACCAUUCUCUUACAAUCAAAAAGUGUUAACCUAAAAACAAGUUAACCCUUUGAUUGCCUGUACUGUACUGUAAAUACUGUGGUGUUUGUUUGUUUGUUAUUGACUGACACUUGAUUGAUACCUGACCCUUGUCCAGCCAUGUGUUCCCCAUCGCCCCUCAACUAAUAACUAAAACAGCCCCAUCGAUCUAUAUGGAAUAAAAUAGGAUAGAUCAAAAUACUACAGACUGGGACAAAACCUUCCCAAGAUAUUUACUCAAUGGUUAAUAGUCCCAGUCUUUGCACGGCUCCAAUAUAUGAUGGGUAGGAUGCCAUGACUCAUGAUGAAUCUGGUCCUUCUGAGUUUUGAUUGGUCGUUACCCCUUUUUUGGUGUUGUUAUGAUGUCCUGUCCAGCUGUUGUGUUCCAUUCUUAAUAAAGCUAAAAAAAUAAACAAAUGAA